GUUUUGUAGCGCUGAGUGCGGCAGGUAUAUAAAGCUGCCUCCUCUCACUGACGUUGAGAGGAGGCAGGCGGCUGCAACAUGCCAGUGACCGGAGAGGGAAUCCACCAGACUGGAGGCACCUCAUCAGCGUCUUCCACAGAGGGGAAGCAUGCCAACAUGAACUCCCAGCCCGACAUCGGCCACCAGCAGCAGUCUGGUAACGGGUGCAACCACCAGGCUUCAAACCAGAGCCACAAACUACAGCAUGUUGAUGGACCUGAGAUACAGGCCCUGCCCAUGCCAGUCCCAGACCCCCCCAUUCAGUACACUAAGUUGUUCAUCAAUAACGAGUGGCAAGAGUCCUGCAGCGGAAGAAAGAUUCCUGUGUAUGAUCCCGCGACAGGGAAGCUGCUGUGUGAAGUGGAGGAGGCUGACCCCGAAGAUGUGGACAAGGCAGUGAGGAGUGCCAGAGCCGCCUUCCAGAUGGGGUCACCAUGGCGAUCCAUGGAUGCCUCAGACCGAGGUCAACUACUUAACAGACUUGCUGACUUAGUGGAGAGAGACCGGCUACUACUGGCAACACUAGAGGCUCUGGACUCUGGCAAAGUGUUUCUCAUGGCAUAUUAUGUAGAUCUGAUGGCCACAAUUAAAACCUUGAGAUAUUAUAGCGGCUGGGCAGACAAGAUUCAUGGCAAAACCAUCCCUGUAGAUGGAGACUAUUUCACUUACACACGACAUGAGCCCAUUGGAGUAUGUGGCCAGAUCAUUCCUUGGAACUUCCCAGUGAUGAUGUUUGCGUGGAAGAUUGCUCCUGCUCUGUGCUGUGGGAACACUGUAGUCAUCAAGCCUGCUGAACAGACCCCAUUAUCAGCCCUGCACAUGGCUGCACUCAUCAAAGAGGCUGGCUUUCCUCCAGGAGUGGUGAACGUGGUGCCAGGUUAUGGUCAGACAGCAGGCUGUGCCAUUUCCCACCACAUGGACAUCGACAAAGUAGCCUUCACCGGAUCUACUGCUGUUGGGAAGCUUAUCCAGAAGGCUGCAGGUGACAGUAACCUGAAAAGAGUUACACUAGAACUAGGUGGAAAAAACCCAAAUAUUGUCUUUGCUGACUGUGACUUAGAGUAUGCAGUGGAGCAGGCCCAUAGUGGUCUGUUCUUUAACCAGGGCCAGUGCUGUCUGGCUGGAUCCAGGGUGUUUGUAGAAGAACCGAUCUACGAGGAGUUUGUCCGCCGCAGUGUAGAGAAGGCCAGAUCUAGUGUCCUGGGAAACCCAUUGCUGCCAGGGGUUGACCAAGGACCACAGAUUGACCAGAAGCAGUUUGAUAAGAUAAUGGAGCUGAUAGAGAGCGGGAAGAGGGAGGGAGCCACGCUGGAGUGUGGGGGGUCCGCGUGGGGUCAGCAGGGACUUUUCAUCCAACCCACCGUCUUCUCAAAUGUCACAGACGAUAUGCGCAUCGCCAAAGAAGAGAUUUUUGGUCCAGUGCAACAGAUCAUGUGUUUCCGUAGCAUCCAUGAAGUCAUCCAGAGAGCCAAUGCCACACACUACGGCCUGGCAGCAGGAGUGUUUACAAACGACAUUGACAAAGCCCUAACAGUAUCUUCUGCUCUGCAGGCUGGCAUGGUCUGGGUGAACUGCUACAAUGCCAUGAGUACCCAGUGUCCCUUUGGUGGCUUCAAGAUGUCUGGAAAUGGGAGGGAACUGGGGGAAUACACUCUUCAGGAGUACACUGAGGUCAAGGCAGUCACUAUCAAAAUCUCACAGAAGAACUCCUAAUACCGUCAUAUCUGCCCCCCUCCCCAAGGCUUCAGAUCUUCCACACACAUUUAACAACAAUCAUUUGGCACCCGGAUGUUUUGAAGGCAUGGUCGAUUCUGUGUCACUCCAUGAACAUUUAUUCCUGGAAUUUCUCCUAAGAUAUUUCUUUUUUAUCGACUUCUUAUCAGUGUUGUGUCUCUUUCUCUUGCUGUGACAAUGCUGACUUUCUGUUCCUCUAGAGUACUGUCUCAGAUGUAUCUAACAGUUUAGUGGAAAGCAUGUACUCUAUAGUAGUGUCUGUUAUGUGUUUGUUAGCUUAAGAGAACCUGUUUUUGUUCAGAGGUAACCACUUAAAUAGCACGUUGCCAGAAAAUAAUUAUUUUAAUAGGUGUCAUACAAAAAAUAGAAAGACAUUUUACAUACUAUUUACAGGGAUGUCCAAAUGAAAUCAAUAAAACUGUAAUAACCAGUAAA